CCUCCAGAAGCUCCCCGCGCUGCGCGGCUGUGUUUGCGGCCUGUGCGAGUAGGCGCUGCGCGGAGCCCGUCUCCCGGACGAGCGGCGCGCAGAAACCUCGAGCCGGUGGAGCCCACUCGUAACCUGAAGCUCAGAAGGCCGCGAAGACAGUGCUGUUUCCUCAGCGGCGGGAGUCUAUCCUGAACUUAGAUCGUGUACAUUUUGGGAACUUAUUUUAGAAAAGAUCUAAGUUUUAAAAAUUCUCAAUGGACAGACAGAGAAAAGAGGGUCUUUGCCAACUCCUUUGGACUGCUGCAGUAAGAAUGUCUUUUCCCCCUCAUUUGAAUCGCCCACCCAUGGGAAUCCCAGCACUCCCACCAGGGAUUCCACCCCCACAAUUUCCUGGUUUUCCUCCACCUGUACCUCCAGGGACGCCAAUGAUUCCUGUACCAAUGAGCAUUAUGGCUCCUGCUCCAACUGUCUUAGUACCCACUGUGUCCAUGGUUGGAAAGCAUUUGGGAGCAAGAAAGGAUCACCCAGGCUUAAAGGCUAAAGAAAAUGAUGAAAAUUGUGGUCCCACCACUACAGUUUUUGUUGGCAACAUUUCUGAGAAAGCCUCAGACAUGCUUAUAAGACAGCUUCUGGCCAAAUGUGGUUUGGUUUUGAGCUGGAAGAGAGUACAAGGUGCAUCUGGAAAGCUUCAAGCCUUUGGAUUCUGUGAGUACAAGGAGCCUGAAUCUACCCUCCGUGCACUCAGGUUAUUGCAUGACCUGCAGAUUGGUGAGAAGAAGCUACUUGUUAAAGUUGAUGCAAAGACAAAGGCACAAUUGGAUGAAUGGAAAGCAAAGAAGAAAGCUUCUAAUGGGACUGCCAGGCCAGAAACUGUUACUAAUGAUGAUGAAGAAGCCUUAGAUGAAGAAACAAAAAGAAGAGAUCAGAUGAUCAAAGGGGCCAUUGAAGUUUUAAUACGUGAAUACUCCAGUGAGCUCAAUGCCCCAUCGCAAGAAUCUGAUUCUCACCCCAGGAAGAAGAAGAAAGAAAAGAAGGAAGACAUUUUCCGCAGAUUUCCAGUGGCCCCGCUGAUCCCUUAUCCACUCAUCACAAAGGAGGAUAUCAAUGCUAUAGAAAUGGAAGAAGACAAACGAGACCUGAUAUCCCGAGAGAUCAGCAAAUUCAGAGACACACACAAGAAACUGGAAGAAGAGAAAGGCAAAAAGGAAAAAGAAAGACAGGAAAUUGAGAAAGAACGGAGAGAAAGAGAGAGGGAGCGUGAAAGGGAACGAGAAAGGCGAGAACGGGAACGAGAAAGGGAAAGAGAACGUGAACGAGAAAAGGAGAAGGAACGGGAGCGGGAACGAGAACGGGAUAGGGAUCGUGACCGGACAAAAGAGAGAGAUCGAGAUCGGGAUCGAGAGAGAGAUCGGGACCGAGAUCGGGAAAGGAGUUCAGAUCGGAAUAAGGAUCGAAGUCGAUCAAGAGAAAAGAGCAGAGAUCGUGAAAGAGAACGGGAGCGUGAAAGAGAGAGAGAGAGAGAACGGGAGCGCGAGAGAGAACGGGAGCGCGAGAGAGAGCGAGAAAGGGAACGGGAACGAGAGAGAGAGAAAGACAAGAAACGGGACCGAGAAGAGGAUGAGGAAGAUGCUUAUGAGCGAAGAAAACUUGAAAGAAAACUCCGAGAAAAAGAAGCUGCUUAUCAAGAGCGCCUUAAGAAUUGGGAAAUCAGAGAACGGAAGAAAACCCGGGAGUAUGAGAAAGAGGCUGAAAGGGAAGAAGAAAGAAGAAGAGAAAUGGCAAAAGAAGCUAAACGGCUGAAGGAAUUCUUGGAAGAUUAUGAUGACGAUAGAGAUGAUCCCAAAUAUUACAGAGGUAGCGCUCUUCAGAAAAGGUUGCGUGAUCGGGAAAAGGAAAUGGAAGCAGAUGAACGGGAUAGGAAAAGAGAGAAGGAGGAACUAGAGGAAAUCAGGCAACGCCUCCUGGCAGAAGGGCACCCAGAUCCAGAUGCAGAGCUCCAGAGGAUGGAACAAGAGGCUGAGAGGCGCAGGCAACCACAGAUAAAGCAAGAACCAGAAUCGGAGGAGGAGGAAGAAGAAAAGCAAGAAAAAGAAGAAAAACGAGAGGAACCAGUGGAAGAGGAAGAAGAGCCCGAGCAAAAGCCCUGUCUCAAACCAACUCUAAGACCUAUCAGCUCUGCCCCAUCUGUUUCUUCUGCCAGUGGCAAUGCAACCCCCAACACUCCUGGGGAUGAGUCUCCCUGUGGUAUUAUUAUUCCUCAUGAAAAUUCACCAGAUCAACAACAACCUGAGGAGCAUAGGCCAAAAAUAGGACUAAGUCUUAAACUGGGUGCUUCCAAUAGUCCUGGUCAGCCUAAUUCUGUGAAGAGAAAGAAACUCCCUGUAGAUAGUGUCUUCAACAAAUUUGAAGAUGAAGACAAUGAUGAUGUACCCCGAAAAAGGAAACUCGUUCCCCUGGAUUAUGGUGAAGAUGAUAAAAAUGCUGCCAAAGGCACUGUAAACACUGAAGAAAAGCGCAAACAUAUUAAAAGUCUCAUUGAGAAAAUCCCUACAGCCAAACCUGAGCUUUUUGCUUAUCCCCUGGAUUGGUCUAUUGUGGAUUCUAUAUUGAUGGAAAGACGAAUUAGACCAUGGAUCAAUAAGAAAAUCAUAGAAUACAUAGGUGAAGAAGAAGCUACAUUAGUUGAUUUUGUUUGUUCUAAGGUUAUGGCUCAUAGUUCACCUCAGAGCAUUUUAGAUGAUGUGGCCAUGGUACUUGAUGAAGAAGCAGAAGUUUUUAUAGUCAAAAUGUGGAGAUUAUUGAUAUAUGAAACAGAAGCCAAGAAAAUUGGUCUUGUGAAGUAAAACUUUUUACAUUUAGUGUUCCAUUUCAGAUUUCUUCUUUCACACCCUUCAAAGGACUUUGAAUUUUCUUUGUCUUCAAAGACAUUUGUGACAUCUGUAAUUUUUUUUAAUGUAGAAAAAUGUGAAUUUUUUUGUCCUCUAAUUUGUUGAAGCCCUGUGUACUCCUUUGGUUGUAAAGUCAUCUGGAAUCCUACCUUGGUUCUCUUUAUACUCACCAGGUACAAAUUACUGGUAUGUUUUAUAAACCACAGCUACUGUACACAGCCUAUCUGAUAUAAUCUUGUUCUGCUGAUUUGUUCCUUGUAAAUAUUAAAAUGACUCCCCAAUUCUUUUGCAGAAUUGCACUUAAUAUUGAAUUGUACUGUAUAGGAACCAACAUGAACGAUCUUAAUUGACAGAAUACCAGACACAUCUAUUUUACUCCCUCCUACCCCUCUACCCCAUCAGAAAUAGUAAGCCCUCAAUGAAGGCAUAGAAUUUAAAACUAGAGUGUGAAAAUUAGAAGACAAUCCAUUCCUGCUGUAUCUCUGUAUGAAUGUGUGUGAAUGUAUGUAUAAAAAAAAGUCUUUUCCCUAGUUUGCUUUGGAGGGUUCCCUUAAACAUUACCCAGUUGAAAAAUAGAAUCAUAAAGGAAACGUGAUAUUGUGCCAACCCUAAUGUCUGGGAUAAUUAGGUUAUUAGUCUCCCAGAGUGUGGUAUUCUCUUGUGACAAGCAACAGUUCAUUGAAUGCAAUGGGAUUUUCCUGUUGUUAGUUGCCUGCUUCAGCUUCUCUUUUAAGGGAGUGUGAAUCACAGUGGUUUCCACCCCUAAUUUCAUUGUUCAGAAAUGACGCAGACCAUUAGAUUCUGGAGAGCUUUAUUUAAUGCAUUUUUGCACUAGUUGGUCCUUAGUUUAAUUUUUGUGUACCCUGUUUAUUUGUUGUUGUUUUUUAAGGUCUUAAUUUGGAAAGCAUAAGAGAAAAAUCCUUAUUAAAAACAAAGAUAAAAUAGACAAUUUUACAGGCUAGGGAAGUUUGACAAAAUAGAAUAGGAAUUCAGCAUGGCAAUUUACAAAGUUUACUUAUUUCUAAGGAUAAGGUAAAUCAUUUAAGGCAGUUACCACUAAGUUUUUGUUUUGUAAAGGGUUUAUAUCUUUCAUGUGUAUGUGCACACACGGCUUGCUUAACUUAGCUCAUCAAAGUUUAAAAAUACAUUGAUGGUGUGCUUAGAGAUAUAUAUGGGGCUUUUUUAAAUUGUAGAUUGGAAUUUCACCAGGGAACAAAAUUACUUGAAGAUACAAGUUUUAAGAAGGUCUUAACGUAAACUAGGUGCAGCUAUUCCUAUGUCUGAGUAUUUAUUUGAAAGAAAAAGAUUGGGAGGGGUGAAUAUGUUAAAAACAUAAUUUAGUUUCAGUUACUAGAUUUAGGUUUUUUUUUUACCAUCUGAAGAGGACAUUUGAAAACACUGUUCUUAACAUUGAACCAUGACAUGGUUCCAUUAUGUAAAUAUUUCAAAUAUUAAAAAUGUAUAUAUUUGAUCUUGGGGGCUCAUUCUUUCAGAAUCUUGUUAAAUAAAUAGCAUCAUGUUGUAAUUGUGUGGUGCCUACUAGAAAACUUGAAAAUAUGGACUUGAUUUUUAUGAAUAUUAGUAACUGAAGGUCAAAGGCAUUUUACCUUAUUUUAGUUAAUUGUUCAUUUAUAGAGAAACACCCUAUUAGUGUACUAAUAUGAAAUUCUGGUUUCUCAAGAGAACUUUUUAGGAACAUGCUUCUUUGCAUUUACAGAUUCAUUUUGUAAAUGCCUUUUCUCAGAUUGAUACCCCACCAACUCAAGAACUUGUUCUAGCAGUUUAUUAUACUUGUCUGUCUGCUCUUAACCACAUUACAACUUCCAUGUUGUUUUUAUAUAGCCAGCAUUAGCAUGAAAGUUCAUUCACGUAGAUUCAAUUUCCCUUGCUUUUAGUCUAUUCUCUUUCCCUGAAUUCAUCUUAAAAGACCCAUUUCUGAAAAUCUUAGGGUUAUGCACCAUAUACUGAUAACCUCUGCACCAUAUACUAAUAACCUCUUCAGUGAGAUUUGUGUCAAGACCCCAAAUUCAUAAAUACUAACAUUUCAGCAGCACAGCAUUAAUAUUGGUCACUGGGAAAAAGACUGCUACAUUAAUAGCUUUUUAAAUGUUAGUUCAAAUCAGGUUUUGCCACCAGGCUUAAACUUUCAGAUUUUCAGAGUUUCUUGUUUUUCAGAUUUGUAUAUAAAGAAAUGGUUGUGUGUGAAAAUUGACAUAGUUUAGUGUCUGAAAAAAUCCACAGAAGAAAAUUUUUACUAACUUGCUUGAGCUUCCUGAGUUGUCUUUAUCAUUUGCCCAUUGAUUGAUUUCAGUUUGGAAGCUUUAAUUCUGUAUUGGCCAAUUGUUAUACAACUAUACGAAAGUUUUUAAAUUAAUCUUGAUCAAGCAGUUUGAAAACUAAUAUGCUCUUCUAACUUGACUGUAUAAAUAAAAUAAUUUUAAUUAUACACAUCUGUUCACAGGAGGAAAAAUAUUUUCAUUAAUGAACUUUUCCUCAGACAUUACCAUGCAUCUGAAUCACCUGGGGGAAUCUUGUUACUAAAACAGACUCUGAUUUAGUAGUACUAGCGUGGUGCCUGAGAGUUUGCAUUUUUUUUUUAAGAUUUAUUUUAUUAUGCAUACCAGAACUGGGGUACAGGCCAGAGGGGUGGGGUUGAGAGAAUUCACCAGAGACAGAGUGGGGAACAGAACAGGCAGAUGUACUGAAAUACACUGCUGAGGGGAGCAGCGGGCGAGAUAGGAGAAGUCUGCUGUGUCUUGUGGGUUGCUCCCUGGCUGGGGAUCUAACUCGUUCUGCAGUGGCUGAGAAUAGAUUCAUAGGUUGCAUCUUAACCCCUUGUGCCACCAGGGAGGCCCAGAGUUUGCAUUUUUGACCAUCUUUCAUGUGAUGCCAGCACAUUCUAAUCCAUGGACUACACUUAGAUUAGCAGUUUCACCUGUCUACUUAGUACUUGUAGUUUAUUCUAAUUAGACUACUCAAAUGCUGCUUAUUUUUCUUUGUAAGUAGGUUUUAAAGAGAACAUUUUUUUGAGGCACAUAUACAGAUACAUAUUAUGUAAAUUCAGGAAGGUGAAUUUCAAAAAUGAUGCCUAAGAACAACUCUUAAUAUUCUAGGUUUUAUCCCAAUCAAUCUGAGAGUGUUUCCUCCUUAGAGAGCUAAAUGGUUUUUACUUACUCUGAAUCUUGUAGCAUUUCCUGGUGAGCUAUGUAAUAGCAGAGGCUAAUAAUUAUUUUUGUGUUGAGUACUGUUUUUAAUCAUGCAUUUGUACUAGUUAUGGUGGAUAAUUUGAAAAAAACUGAGUUUGAGAGUCAAAUUGGAUAUACACUUUUCACAUUUUUUCUCUUUUCAUAGAAAGUAAAACAUUUUUUUAAAGUUCAAAUAAAUGUUGGUAGGCAUUUAUA